GACAGCAGGUCGGUCGGUCGGUCGGUGAGCAGGAAGACAGACCGCGGAAAGUACCGGCGUGAAAACGGCACACCUGAGCCUUUUGGUUUCGGCGGUGGCGGUUGCUUCUCCGGUGGACUAACGUUACUGGAAGUGUUAUUCAACAGUUCAGACGGACGGAGAGGGUCGGUAAAGCUGUCCACCAUGUCGGGGAGCAGGGAGGAGGAGAGGAGGAAACUGGCCGACAUCAUCAACCACUGGAACGCCAACCGGCUCGACCUGUUUGAGAUCAGCCGGCCCACAGAGGACUUGGAGUUCCACGGCGUGAUGCGGUUCUACUUCCAGGACCGCGUUGCCGGAAACUUCGCCACCAAGUGCAUCAGAGUGUCGAGCACCGCGACAACGCAGGACGUCAUUGAGACGCUCGCCGAGAAGUUCAGACCCGACAUGAGGAUGCUGUCCUCGCCAAGAUACUCACUGUAUGAGGUCCACGUCAGUGGAGAAGAGCGUCAGCUGGACCUGGACGAGAAGCCUCUAGUCGUUCAGCUGAACUGGAACAAAGACGACAGAGAAGGGCGCUUUGUCCUGAAGAACGAGAACGACAUCCUCCCUAAGAAGAGUCAGAGUAAUGGUCCAGAGAAGGACGGCGUGAUCCAGAACUUCAAGAGGACUUUAUCCAAGAAGGAGAAGAAGAAGGAAAAGAAGAGGGAGAAGGAGUUCGCCCGGAUCCCCGAUGGAGACGAGCAGGCGCUCACCCGGGAGGACGGGGAAAUCAGUCGCCUGGCAGCAGAGGUUUACAAGGACAUGCCGGAGACCAGCUUUACCAGGACCAUCUCCAACCCAGAGGUGGUGAUGAAGAGGAGACGCCAGCAGAAACUGGAGAAACGCAUGCAGGAGUUCAUGAGCAGUGACGGGAGGCCCGACUCAGGGGGCACUUUACGGAUAUACGCUGACAGUCUGAAGCCCAACAUCCCAUAUAAGACCAUCCUGCUCUCUACAAGAGACACGGCUGACUUUGCCGUGGUGGAGGCGCUGGAGAAGUACGGGCUGGAGAAGGAGAACCCCAGAGAGUACUGCAUCGCCCGGCAAGAUGAUAAGUCGGGCAAGGAGGCGAUUCUGGACGAUUCCGAGUGUCCACUGCAGAUCUUCAGGGACUGGCCUGCUGACAGAGGAUCGCUAGUGUUCCAGCUGAAGAAGAGACCCCCCGACCACCAAGGGAGGAAGGGAAGGAAAGUGGACGACAAAGGCCUGCAAAGGAAGGAUGGCAGCAGCAGCUCACUGCCGCCAGAGAAACUGCCUUACUUGGUGGAGCUGAGCCCAGGGCGAGGGAAUCACUAUGCCUACUACGCCUAUCGGCACCACGAAGACGGGUCUGACUCCCGGGACAAACCAAAGCUGUACCGGCUUCAGCACAGCAUCACCGAGGUGGGCUCAGACUGCACAGAGGACGGAGCCAUCCAGUCUUUGAAAAAUCCCCUCCUCCUUUCCCCCACCCCAGAUGGCACAUGGCUGCUCGGCCCGGGGAUCCUGCCCCACCACUGCAACCUCAUGCACAGUGAAGGCAUGGUGACCGUGACGCCUCACGGCCAGGACGCCGACACCUUCGUUGACGGGCAGCGGGUCAACGAGACCACGGUGCUGCGUUCGGGCUCCACCCUCCAGUUUGGUUCUGCGCACGUCUUUAAGUUCGUAGACCCGAUGUUCGACCAGGGAGUGAAGAGAGAACCAGCCGCCAUGAUGAGGAGCCGACACAAGUCAGGCUCUCUCCUCCCAGACGAAGAGUUAGAUAACAGUGUACCAGAAACCACCUUCGAUCUUCACGGAGACGUCCACAGUGGAGCUGCGCUGCCCACGAGCAAGAGCUCAGGGAAGCUAGAGAUGGAGCGCGGCAUGGUCAAACCCAUGAUCAGAGGAGAGCAGCAGGACAGCAGGUCUCAGGACGUUUCAGUAGACAGACCAGAGCUGACUCUGCCAGCCGGCAUCGAGUUCAGAGACAACUCUGAAGACACCUUCCUGUCAGCCAUCAUCAACUACACCAACAGCUCCACGGUGCACUUCAAGCUGUCGCCCACCUACGUCCUGUACAUGGCCUGUCGCUACGUCCUGUCGCCGUCUUACCGGCCCGACAUGUCGCCCUCUGAGAGGACGCACAAAGUCAUCGCCAUCGUCAACAAGAUGGUGAGCAUGAUGGAGGGAGUCAUCCAGGAGAUUCCUGAAGGGGAUCAGAAGCAGAAGAACAUUGCCGGAGCGCUGGCUUUCUGGAUGGCCAACGCUUCAGAGCUGCUCAACUUCAUCAAGCAGGACAGAGACCUGAGUCGCGUCACGCUGGACGCCCAGGACGUCCUCGCCCAUCUGGUCCAGAUGGCUUUCAAGUACUUAGUCCACUGUCUGCAGGCUGAUCUAAACAACUACAUGCCUGCCUUCCUGGACGACCCCGAGGAACAUAAUCCACAGAGACCCAAGAUCGAGGACGUCCUGCACACCUUGACGGGGGCGAUGUCGCUGCUGCGGCGGUGUCGGGUCAACGCCGCCCUGACCAUCCAGCUCUUCUCGCAGCUCUUCCACUUCAUCAACAUGUGGCUCUUCAACAAGCUGGUGACGGACACCGAGUCUGGGCUGUGCUGUCACUACUGGGGGGCAAUCCUCCGGCAGCAGCUCAGCCACAUCGAGGCCUGGGCAGAGAAACAGGGUCUGGAGCUCGCCGCCGACUGCCACCUCAGUCGAAUUGUUCAGGCCACCACCCUGCUGACCAUGGACAAAUACUCCAUGCAGGAUGUGCAGAACAUCCACAACACCUGCUUUAAGCUCAACUCGCUGCAGCUCCACGCUCUCAUGACCAACUACCAUUGUGCUCCGGACGAGCCUUACAUCCCGCCUGAGCUGAUAGACCACGUGGUGGCAGUGGCAGAGAACACAGCAGAUGAGCUAGCGAGGAGUGAUGGCAGAGAGGUUCAGCUGGAGGAGGAUCCGGACCUCCAGCUGCCCUUCCUCCUUCCUGAGGACGGCUACUCCUGCGACGUGGUGCGCAGCCUCCCCAACGGCCUGCAGGACUUCCUGGAGCCGCUGUUGCAGAGAGGUUUCUGUCGGUUAGUGCCCCACCCCCGUUCGCCUGGUACCUGGACCGUCCACUUUGAAGGAGCUGACUGCGACAGCCACUUCUCUGCUGCCGACAGUUCUGAGAUGCCAAUGAGGAAAGACCCGGAGGUUGUCACGGUAACCCUGAAGAAGCACAACGGCAUGGGCCUCAGCAUCGUUGCUGCCAAGGGUGCCGGUCAGGAGAAGCUGGGCAUCUACGUCAAGUCCGUUGUCAAAGGAGGAGCGGCUGAUGUGGAUGGCCGUUUGGCUGCAGGUGACCAGUUGUUGAGCGUGGAUGGGCGCAGCCUGGUCGGUCUAUCACAAGAGAGGGCUGCAGAGCUGAUGACGAGGACGGGCUCAGUUGUGACUCUGGAGGUCGCCAAGCAGGGAGCCAUCUACCACGGACUGGCUACUCUCCUCAACCAGCCCAGCCCCUUGAUGCCAAGAGCGGCAGACCGAGGCCGUGACAAGAACGGGAAGCUGCGACCAAAGAGUGAAGGCUUUGAGUUGUACAACAACUCGGUGCAGAACGGCUCGCCAGAGAGUCCGCAGGCUGGCUGGGACUCUUACCCCGAACCAAAGAAGAUGAGCGGAGAAGAUCGACUUCUCAAGAACCGAGCCGACCACCGCUCCAGCCCCAACGUAGCCAAUCAGAGCCAGAGUCCUGCAGGAAAAGCAGCAUACCCCGGAGGACCUGGCACUAAGAUCACUUCCGUGUCUACCGGCAACCUGUGUGCAGACGAUGAGCCCUCCCCUCCCCGUCCAGAGGCCUACCCCAUCCCCACCCAGACCUAUCCCAGAGAGUACUUCACCAUCCCGGCCUCCAAGAGCCAGGAUCGGGUUGUUGUUCCGGGACAGGGGCCCCCACAGCACUGGCAGGGCAUGGAGGACAGGGAACGCCUCCCUGUGGUCGACAACAUUCACAACAACAGCAUGCAGCGUAUAAACCACUCCCAGGAGGAGUUGUACCCCCCACCGGGAGGUCUGAGGCCAGACGAGCGCAUGCAGCAGCACUACCAGCAGGACUACCAGCACCGGGACCUGGACUACCAACACAGAGACCUGGACUACCAGAGAGGUCCACCAGGAGGUGUUGGAGGUCCUGACCACUGGGCCCCACAGCCGCAGGUGUCCUCCUCGUUGGAGUCGUCCACGUCGAGCCAGGAGCACCUCAACUUUUCAGCCUCCUCCUCCUCCUCCAACAAGACCGGGAACCAGAAGACCGGGCCGGGCCGAUGGAAGACACCCAACGCCCCUCAUGCCGCGCCGCCGUCGGCCCAGACGCCAUCCCGCUCGGACCUGCCCCCUCCUCCGCCCCCACCUCCGGCCCCUUACCCCGACGCAUACGACCCUUAUGAACCACAACCUGAGUUACCGCUUCCACCGCCUCCCGCUGCCAUUAACCCCGUAGCAGCCCAGCAGGCUGCGGACCGCAAGAAACGUGAGGAGCAGCAACGUUGGUAUGAGAAGGAGAAAGCGCGACUAGAGGAAGAGAGGGAGAGGAAGAGGAGAGAGCAAGAGAGGAAGCUGGGUCAGAUCCGCGCCAACCCCGUCAUGCCAGUCCAACCUCACAACAACGGAGGAUCAAUGCCUCCUCCUCACCACCAGCCCCCUCUGCCCUCUGUGGCCCCGCCCCAUCCCUACCUCCCCCCACAGCCUCAGCCCCAGCCUCCCCCAUCCAGACCGGAGAAGCUGUCCAGCCUGCCGCGAUCAGCUGUUCCUCCCCCUGCGAGUGCCUCCAUCCCUGGCAUGGACACGGUGAUCAGGGACCUGUUACCGCAGCAGCAGCCCCGGACCAUCGAGAGGCGAGACUUGCAGUACAUCACCAUCAGCAAGGAGGAGCUGGCGUCCAGCGACAGUCUGUCUCCAGACCCCUGGAAACGAGACGCCCGCGAGAAGGCCGAGAAGCAGCAGCAGCUCCACAUCGUCGACCUGCUGGACAAAGAGAUCCAGGAGCUCCAGUCGAAGCCGGAGCGAACGGCGGAGGAAAGCGACCGUUUGAGGAAGCUGAUGCUGGAGUGGCAGUUCCAGAAACGACUGCAGGAGUCCAAGCAUAGCGACGAGGACGAGGAGGAGGAGGAUGACGAGGACGUGGACACCAUGAUGAUCAUGCAGAGGCUGGAAGCUGAGAAGAGAGCCCGGCAGCAGCAGAAUGCUGUCCCAGCUAUCUCUGUUCUAGAUUUGUUGCAGGAUGAAGAGCGACGGCGUAAGCAGCAGCUGGAGGAGAUUCGUAAGCGGGAGGCAGAGGAGCGAGCAAAGCAGGAGGAGGAGAGGAGGUGGAGGGAGGAGGCCAAACGAGGGGGCGGAGAGAAGAGGAGACAGGAGGAGGAGUACUACACUCGCCUGGAGGCCGAGCGGCGCCGGCAGCACGAGGAGGCCGAGAGAAAGCUGCUGACGCCUGACGAGCCAGCCGGUCUGUAUAGGCCCCCGCUGCCCUGGGAUUACCAACCCCCCCACAACCCUACUAACAACCCCCCGCCCCCCCCACAGAGAAACACCUCCUACCUCAAAACCCAGAUCGCCUCCCCCGACACGCUCUACACCGCCAAGUUUGUCUCCUACGCGGGCGAUGAGGAGGACGAGGAGGAAGCCACCAAAGCAGGCAGUGGCGGCAGCGGCGGCGGCGGCAGUCAAUCAGGUCAGGUGAAGCUGUCGGCGACCCGGAAGUCGUACGGCGACCUCCCGGCCUCCGCCUCACCCAAUCACAGCAGGCCACAUCCGCCGCCCACUGCGCGCAAGCCCCGCCCUCUUUCUGACGGCAUCUUCCUGUCUGGCUCGUUCCAGCCGCCAUUCAACAACUCCAACAGUACAGGUCCCCCCCUUCCUGCCAAACCCAGCUCCGUCCCCCCAGGAGGCUUUAAAGGAUUUAACUCGUACACUGGAAACUCGGCAGGAGUUGUAGGAUCCGGAGAAGUCUACAACGACCCGCGGGACAAAUGGACGAAAAGUCAGGAGCAGGAGAACUCGAUCCCCGGCGGCAACCCCGAGAGCAUGACGUUUAAGGAGCGCCAGCGUCUCUUCUCUCAGGGGAAGGAGGUUUCCAACAAGGUCAAGGCUUCGCGCAAACUCAUGGAGCUGGAGAACGAGCUCAACACCAAGUAGUCGACCCAAGCCGCUCACCUUCCACCUUCCACCUUCCAGCGCCACCUCUCCACGGUAACAUUAAAGGUGCGGGUGGGACAAAACCGGGUCAGGAGAUCCCGGCGCUCGCUUCCCCCUGCCGCUGACCGUCUCCUUCCGUUUGCGUUUUUUUCCCCAUUUUUAUUUUUUUAUUUUAAUCGUUCAAUAACUGGACCGUUCAUUUUUUUGACGUAGCUGUAUCGUUGCGAUAGGAGAGACAUUUAUGGCUUAAAGUUGUUCUUCCCCUUGUUGAGGUCUGUCAAAGAUAUAUAAUGAUGAAGCACUGUAAAAAAAAGUUUUAAUUGUAUCUAGUGAGAAUUUGAGAAUCACACGACAGAGGGUGAUAUAUUUUUGUUUAUAAAAUGGUUCUUGGGGCGAGGGGAUGGAGAAAGGUCUAUUCUCGUUUAAAUUUUUUUUUUAAAUAGCUCACUGAAAUAUGAAUUUUAUGGUGUUAUCUUAAUGCUCUUUUUCUGCAUCAUGUUGUUUUCACAUUUUUAAUUGCCAGCAGAAAUGCCGGGUUGAGCUCCAGACCAAUCUUUAUUUGCUUUUUUGAAUUAAAUUGUUAGUAAGUGGAAACACUGUUAAUUCAUUCCGUAGCAAGAACGCAUUGGGAUUUUUUUUAAUUUUUUUUUUGUGAUGUUUUAGAUCAACUCUGAAAGAUUCUCCAGACGAGGAUCGUACGGUCGGAGAAAGAUCUUUAAGUGCACAACAUUACUGUAAAUAUUUGGGUCCACGACUGUCUCACUCUUUUACUACUGUAGAAACCUGCCAGGCGACUAAAAACUGCAAAACUAAUGUGAUGGAACAGCAUUUUGGUCACAGGAAAAUCGAUCAGGACGUACUUCUAAAACUGGACUGUCUCCCUGCUGCAUCUUACCGUCAGUGGAGUUAAUGUUUUAAAUGUUCUGCCCAAAUCUGAGGUAACUCUAAUUUUAUUUUAUUUUAAAUCUAAUAGUCAUUUUUUUGCAGAGUUGUGUGUGAUUAAUUUGAUUGAUUGUACCUGAAAUUCAAGCCAGAAAAAGGAUUUCUUCUACUCACAAUGUGAUUGUUGGUUUUCACAAUAAAUAUAAAAAAAAGGAAAUACUCUUUAAGUCCUCUUUUGCUUGAGAGAUAUUUAUUUCAAACCUUGUGGGGGGGGGGGAGAAACAUACUUGCACAAAAACUUGUUUUUACUAUUAACUAUGUCUCUCCAAACUGUUUUGAGAAGUGGAUUACAGUUGGGACCUCUCGUACUGUGGUGAUAAUCUCUGUUUUCUGCAUUAGAGACAGAAAAAGUUGUCUAUUUUUACACCAGCUGUAGUUCAGGGAGAUCCAGGUGAUUUUUUUUUUAUUUAUUUUUUUUUUAUUUUAAAUGUAGGACCGGAGUCAAGGUGACAGAAUUGUGAUUGUAUACAACACUGCUGAUGUAGAGAAAGACCACCCUUCAGACCCUGGUAUGUCCCCCGGUUCUAAAAUACAAAGAUAGGAAAAUAGUUGUUUCAAAUGUAUCUCUCGUCUGCAGUUUGACUCCAUCCUGUGUGUGGAUUUAUUUAAUUUCUUCUCUCCGGGAGCCUCCACUAAAAAAAGAUUCUACAUGAUGAGAUAAGAUGCUGUUAAAAUAACUGAGCUGUAAAACACUACAGACUACACUACUACCGCCUCUCCCACCCACAACAACAACUCCUUUUUAAGUUUGAAAUGAACUGAGUCAUCUUAAUGGUUUCAUGUUUAGCCUUUUUGUAAAUCAUUAAUAAAUACAGAGUUUUCAACAG